GUGGGUCGGCGAAUGGCCCAGCAGGUCUGCUGUUGGGCACCCCCAGCCCUCUGCAGCCUGUGGGGAGAAAAGGGAUCCCCCCACCCCACCCGGGGACAGCGUGGGAGGGGGAGGGAUCCCACCCAGGUGCCUGGGCAAGGGGGACGCCCAGACCUGCAGUCUGGGGCUCGGCACGCUCCUGACCGUUCCCAUGUUGAUGUUUGAAGGGGCCGAGGAGGUGAGGCUGCAGGAUGGUCCCUCGCGCUGUGCUGGAAGAGUGGAGGUGAAACACCAGGGCCAGUGGGGGACCGUGUGUAGUGACUUCUGGGACAUGGAUGAUGCUGCAGUGGUCUGUAAGCAGCUGGGCUGUGGGUCUGCUCUUGAAGCUCCUCGGGGUGCACACUUUGGGCCCGGAUCUGGCCCCAUUUGGAUGAAUGAAGUUGAGUGUGAUGGCACCGAGUCUGCUCUGUCCGACUGCUCAGAUGAUAAACGGUAUCUACAGUACUGUGGUCACGCUGAGGAUGCUGGAGUGAGAUGUGCAGGAUUUGUCCGGCUGGUCGGAGGGGACAGCCCCUGCUCAGGACGAGUGGAGAUCCGUGAUGGGAACCAGUGGAAAACUGUCUGUGACUCAGACUUUGGUCCCCAAGCCGCCGCCGUGGUCUGCGGGGAGCUGAAAUGCGGCGCACCCCUGCCUGUCCCUGGGGCAUCUCCCUUUGGAGAAGGGGAUGGUCCCAUCUGGGGCAGAGAGCUGCAGUGUGUGGGGAGUGAAGCCUCUCUCACCUUCUGCCCCAUGGGAUCCCCCCGGGACCAGCCUUGCACCCACGCUAACGCUGCCGGCGUCACCUGCACACAGUACUCGGAGUUCAGGCUGGUGAACGGCAGCACACCUUGUGACGGGAGGGUGGAGGUCCAGGUGCUGGGGACCUGGGGCACCCUCUGUGCCUCCCACUGGGACCCCCCGGACGCCCACGUUCUCUGUCGUCACCUCGGCUGCGGGUUUGCUGAGUCCGUUCCCAGGGGAGGGCAUUUUGGGAGAGGCACCGGCCCCGUCUGGAGAGACUCGUUCCACUGCGAUGGGACUGAAGCCCACCUGGGACUGUGCCCAGUGACGGCCCUGGGGGCCUCUCCGUGCGCCCAGGAGAACGACGCUGCUGUCAUUUGCUCAGGUCCAGCCAACGCCACGUCCCUGCGGCUGGUGGGUGGGGAGAGCCGGUGCGACGGGCGAGUGGAGAUCUUCCAGGGCGGGACGUGGGGCAGAGUCCUGGAUGACCAGUGGGACCUGGCGGAGGCCCGCGUGGUGUGCCGGCAGCUGCGGUGCGGAGGGGCAGAGACGGCCUACAACCCCCCGAAGCCUCAGAGAGGGACGGGUCCCGUGGGGCUGCGAGGGGUCCGGUGCGCGGGGCACGAGGCCGGGCUGACCCUCUGCAACGCCUCCGUGCCUGAGAACGCCCUGGCGGCAGGGAUCGCAGAGGACGUGGGGGUCACUUGUGAGGGGAGCCGGCAGGUCCGGCUGGUGAACGGCUCCGGGCGCUGCGCCGGGAGAGUGGAGAUCUACCGCCAGGGCAGCUGGGGGACCAUCUGCGAUGACGGCUGGGGCCUGCCUGACGCCGCCGUCGUUUGCCGCCAGCUGGGCUGCGGACGGGCGCUGGAGGCGGCCGUCGCUGCUCGUUUCGGCAAAGGCUCCGGUCGCAUCUGGCUGGACGGUGUGAACUGCUCCGGGGCCGAAGGUGCUCUCUGGGACUGCCCGGCACAGCCCUGGGGGCAGCACGACUGCGCGCACAAGGAGGAUGCAGGAGUCGUCUGCUCAGAGUUCACGUCCCUGAGGCUGGAGCGCGGCAACGACUGCUCCGGGUACCUGCAAGUCUAUUAUAACGGGACGUGGGGGAGCGUUUGCUCCAACUCGAUGACUCUCCGAACGGCGUCGCUGGCGUGCAAGGAGCUGGGCUGUGGGGACGAAGGGACGCUGGAUACACAACUGCCCUCCGGCAAGCUGUCUGGCACCGCCUGGCUGGAUCGUGUGCAGUGUGGGGAGAAAAACAGCUCCUUCUGGCAGUGUCCCUCCGCUCCCUGGAACCCGGAGUCCUGCGAUACCCUGCAGGAGAAGACCCACAUCACCUGCAAUGGGAGACGGCCAGAAACACCCCCGGCCCCCGGGUCCGAGUGCCCCAACGCCACCACCUGCACAGACAGGGAGAAGAUUCGUGCCGUGGGAGGAGCGGACGGGUGCUCGGGCAGAGUGGAGAUCUGGCACGACGGCUCCUGGCGGAGGGUGUGCGACAACUCCUGGGCCAAGCAGGAGGCCGAGGUGGCGUGCAGGCAGCUGGGCUGCGGCUCCGCCGUGUAUCCCCUGGACAACGCUGCCUUUGGGAAGGGGACAGGCCCCGUCUGGCUGGAGAAGGUGGAUUGCCGGGGGACAGAGCUGUCUCUGCAGCACUGCUCUGCCCGGCCUGGGGACAGCGGUGCCUGCCAGCACGAGGAGGGCGCAGCCGUGAACUGCUCAGCACCACCCAGCACGACAGCACCAACCCCCCGAGCAGAUCCCACCCGGGGCCCUCCGACCAGCAGCAGCAGCAGCAGGAUCUCAUUACCCAUCAUCAUCUGCAUCAUCCUGGGAGCCCUUCUGUGCGUGCUCCUGGCCCUCCUGGCCGGGCAGGCGCGAAGCGCCAGGGCUGGGCGCGGAGGCUCUGAGAGCGCUUGGGAGCCCUUCCCUGAUGCUGUGUACGAGGAGAUCGGUUACAGCCAGGCAUGGGAGAAGCAGCCGAGGUUCAGCGGCAAAGGCUCCUAUCCAGGGGGGUCCCUGACAGAGCUGCAGCCCUACACCGGGGACAGCGAGGAGGAGGGUGGUCCGCGUCCAGCGCCGGGUGUCCCUGUCCCGCCCGGAGGUGACCCAGCAGACGGCUAUGACGAUGCCGGGGAGGUUUCCGACCCUGGGGAGGAUCGUGCCCCUGGGCAGGGAGACUGGGAACUGCCCAGGGCGCCAGAGGAGGGAGCGGGGCCCGGGGAUGCACCUGGAGAGAGCACGGGCUAUGACGAUGCUGAAGAGGUGCCUCUGGCACAUCCCCCCGAGGACACGAAGGCCGCGUCCCCGGAGCUCGGCGCAGAGCAGUCCCUGAGCCCCGGGGCAGGAGAGCCCGUCCCUGCCGUCGAGCUGGGUGCAGCCUGGAGGGAGGAGAGGACUGUGCAGCUGGCAGAGCCGUGAGCACCGGGGAGCCCUCUCCCUUUUCCCACAGGCAGCAGAGACCGCUGGGCCUUUCCUCGGGCUUUAUUCUCCUUUUUAGGCUGGGCCUCGGGAUUUGUUCUUAUUAAAAGCCUCUGGGGGUUUGA